UCACCGAGCCUGGCCCGAAGUGACAGCACGAGGCGGGCACGUCCAUUUACACACCAGCUUCGGAUGUAGCUAGAACCCGCGAUAUGUCUGGCGUAAGAACGAGGGCAUCCAGCCGCGCCAGCGUCUUUGCUGACGAGCGAUCCCGGGUUCCCGGAGCCAAUGGAAACCUGCGAAGGGUCGCGGCGGAUGCAAAGAAUGCAGAGGCGGGCCCAUUCGGCAGCAACGAAUCACAGAAGCGAUCGUCGCCAGCAGGCAAUGCGAGGGCCGCGGGCAGAGCCAAGGACGAGCGGCGCUACGAGGAGCGCAAAGUCACCGAGAGGGCCUUUGAAGCUCACGUGGAGCGGGUGGUUUCGCGGACGAACAGCCCUUCGCAGCAACAGCAGCAGCAGCAGCCUCCGGAGAAGAGGCCGGCGGAGAUGCGCAGACAGAAAUCGUCUACUGAUCUGCGGCAGAGAGAGAUGCGGGCAGAGACGCCUCCAGCUACCUGGAACCCCGAGGCGACGCUUCUGCCGCAUACUUCUGCCGCCCUUGCUUCGCGGAUAUCAAUACCUCCCAUUGCGUUCGCGAUUCCGUUCGCGCCGCAGCCAAAGCCCCUGAACGAGUUAACGCUGGAGGCUCAGGAGGCAGCUAUUGUGGAAGAUUUAUUAUAUGUUUUCAUGGGCUACGAGGGGCAGUACAUUCGAUAUGCUAGGGGCUAUACUCCUCACGAGGAGAGAGAUCGACUGUCCGGGCCGCCAUUUCGGAUCCUGCCAGGUCUUGACCCUAGCUUGCACGAUUUGACAAAGUCCAUGCUGAAAAUGGCCACCUACUACUCAGCGUUGGAAGCCUUUGUCGACGUGCAGAGUCGGGAAGAGUUCGGCGCGGUCAAUCAUGCGCUGUGCGCUUCCGUAAGAAAGUGCCUGCAGGACUACCUGGUCAUGAUUGCUCAACUGGAAACACAAUUUCUGACGAGCGAAUCAUUCACCGUCCAUGUCCUCCACAUACACACACUGCCCACAUGCCAGAUGCUGUCCCACCUUUACGCCAUGGCACAAGAGCUCUUGAAGAAGAACGCGCUGCUGGACGAUGAAAGCGACGAGGAAGAUGACGAUGAUAUAGACGACUACGAAAAAGUCCUCGAGAGGCUUGCUGAGGGCGGAGAUCUCGUUCCUGGAAGUUCUAAAGCUCUGAAAGUCUGCAAGGGCGGCGGGGUUUUGGGCUUGCUAGCCUCAAGGUUAGAGUCGAUGGGCGGUGACCCGGCUGCCCGAUCACUAUUGACAUCAUUAUUGCGGGACGCGAGUCGACCAUAUAUGAAGAUGCUGAACGAGUGGCUGCACCAUGGCAGUAUUCACGAUCCUCACUCCGAGUUUAUGAUUAGGGAACAGAAGAGCAUAGGACGAGAGAGGCUCGAGCGAGAUUAUAUCGACGAGUACUGGGAGAGGAGAUAUACCAUCCGUGAUCAAGAUGUACCGCCGCAGCUGGAGGGCGUCAAGGAAAAGGUACUGCUGGCUGGAAAAUAUCUCAACGUCGUUCGCGAAUGUGGCGGAGUGGACGUGAGCAAAAUAGUGACGGAGCUACCAACCUCAUUCGACGACAAACGGUUCCUUGAGAAUGUCAAUAAUGCCUAUGCUCAUGCCAACGAGUCUCUCAUGCAGCUGCUACUUACCACGCAUGAGCUACCGUUGAGACUGCGCUCGCUCAAACAUUACUUCUUCCUCGAUCCGUCAGACUCGUUUUCAUACUUCCUCGAGCUUGGCUCAUCAGAGUUGAGGAAGCCCGUCAAAUCGGUCAACACAAGCAAGCUGCAGUCUCUGCUGGAUAUAGUUCUGCGCCAGCCGGGGACUGUGGCCUCGCUUGACCCUUUCAAAGAGGAUGUAAAGGUGGAGAUGAACGAGAUUACCCUCAUCAACAAUCUCCAGCGGGUUGUAAACAUCACAGGAAUCGAGUCAGGCCAAGUGAUGCAGCCUGUUACUAACCAACCGCCCAUUGAACCGGAUAAGAACGCGACUGGCUUUACAUCUCUUCAGCUCGACUACUCGGUUCCUUUCCCAGUCUCUCUGGUGAUCAGCCGCAAGACCGUGUGGCGUUACCAAGCACUCUUCCGUUUCUUGCUCUCUCUACGCACCCUGGAGUCUCAACUGUCGUCGACCUGGCAGACACAUACAAAGAGCGUGACCUGGGCCCACAAGGGCGUCAACCAAGAGCUCGAGACCUGGAAGCGACGAGCCUCGACGCUGCGAGCGAGAAUGCUCAUCUACGUCCAGCAGGUCCUGUAUUUCUGCACUGCAGAAGUAAUCGAACCAAAUUGGACAAAGUUCAUGUCCCGUUUGAAAGCCAAGGACGACACUUUUGACAGGAAAUCCGGAGUCAAUCGGACGGUAGACGAGCUGAUGCAAGACCAUGUAGACUUCUUGGACACUUGCCUGAAAGAGUGUAUGCUCACCAAUAGCAAGCUACUAAAGGUCAACUCAAAGCUUAUGCAGUCCUGCAGCAUCUUCGCUGCCUACACGAGCUUCCUAUCCCGCGAGAUCGAAAAGUCUGAUCCUGAUUUGUCUAGCGGCAAUAAGCCCGACACCAUGACCGACGACCAAUGGCGGCGCUUCCAGGCCUCGAGGAGCAGCGCCCCGCGUUCAGGGUCAGCAGCACAGCACGAUGCUUCGACCCUGGAGAGCGUCGAGUCGCGGGUCAACAAUCUUGCCGACAUUAUCCGCAAGUGGGAGAGCAACUUUGGCCGUCACAUGAAGAUUCUGUCAGACUCGCUUAAUCACUACGCUGCGACGGAGACUGUGGUGUUGCUGAGUUUGUGUGCCAGAUUGAGCUCUGUGAAUCAGGGCACUGAGUGGGCUGCUAUUGGAGCCGAGGAAGACGACCAGGCAUAAUCCCACCUUUUUUUUUUCCCGUUUUCGAGACUCUUUGCUUUCUCAAUAUCGAAAGGGAGGAGGGAUCCGUUCAAUGUGCACUUUUAUUUUGCUUUUCAACGACCUCUUAAUGAAUUCUUGUUAGACGAGUUAAAUCGGUUAGCUGCUGGUCUUUUGGUGUAUGGCGUUUGACGUGUCAAGAGCAUAAAAUGGGCCAAAGGAGGAUGGGCAAUGAGCGCCAGUAUUCAGGCACAUGUUUUUUUUCACAAGGAUUUUACUAUACCAAAGUCAUUUCUCAGUCCCUACCAAGUUGCGUUUUGAUAGCAAAUGUUGAUGUGGAGAGGGGAAAAAAAGACAAUGAUUGAUGCUCGCUUGAAGUUAAGGCACAUUUCACAAUUCAAACUUGCAAGAAGAAUAACAAAGAAAUAAUAAUAUUUUGGGGAGCAAAUAUCAAUCAUAGAUGCAGACUAAUCCCUCCCAUAUGGUCACGAGUUGUCCAUGCGCUCUCGUUCAUCCUUCCCCAAAUAAAUGAGAAAGAGCAAAAAAGGAAAAGGGGAAUCAAUGAAGUACAAAAAAGAAAAUGUAAGCCAAAUAUCACCAGAUCCCGGGCGCCGCUAAGAUCAGGCGUGGCUCGUGAGAGCUUUGGUAUGUAAAAAAUGCCACAAUAUGCCGCGGAACCAGAGUGUUUGCCAUACCCGAGAUGAGAUGAGAUGAAAUGAGAUGAAAUGAUAUAUAUAUAUAUAAUGAGAAACAAAAGGAGGGGAGGAACAGGUUUCCUCUUCAGCCUCCUAGAAAUCCGCUUUUGCUCUCCCAGUGUCAAGAUGUUGUCUGGUGGAAUGGCGAGAGUAUCAAUGAAAUAAAUGGGUUACAGCACAUAUGCGUAUGUAUGCCAUGUAAAUGGGAAGAAGAAGAAAAAUAUAAAGUUAUAAUGCUAAAAAGCUGUCGGGAUAUCGGAGCUGGGAAAAGAAAAGAAGAAACAAGCAAUAUUAAAAUUCGUUACUUCGUUAUGAGAGUCGUGAUAAAUCACAGUCUCAUCAUUUGAAAAGACUGCGAAGAUCCAUGAGCUUCUGUCUCGCAGCCUCUGCCUUGUCAAGCGCUUUGUUCUGGCCGUCCAUGCUGAGGCUGGCCAGCUUCACCUUCUUUUCUUGCAGCUCAAGCAUCUUUUCUUCGAAACUGUUGCGCAUAAUGUACCGGAUGGUGCGCACAGGUCGCUUUUGGCCAAGGCGGUGUACACGAUCAACCGCCUGGGCUUCGGCUGCAGGGUUGUACUGCGGCUCCAUCACGUACACGUUGUUGGCAGCAGUCAGAUUCAGACCCAGUCCACCGGCCAUGAUAGAGACAAGUAUGACAUGGAUGCUAUUGUCUUCACGGAAGCUAUCCAUUGCCGCUGUGCGUGCUUGCCGGGUCAUGCU